GUGGCUGUGAAAUAUAUAACAGUUCAAUUCCACUGAGUUAUUCUAGAGUGAUUGUUGAGUGAAGGAGGCAUACCUCAUUGUAUUUUCUUUUGGCCACGUUUGAAAGAUGUUGUGUAUUUCUCUGUUUCUGCUCUUUGCUUUCCAUGCAGCUCUGAGCCUAAGAAUCUGCUCCUUCAAUGUGAGGUCAUUCGGAGAAGCUAAAAGAACAAGACCAGAAAUCAUGAAUGUCAUUGUAAAGAUUAUUUCUCGCUGCGACAUCAUGCUGCUGAUGGAAAUAAAGGAUAACAGAAACAGAAUAUGCCCCUUUCUGUUGGAAAAACUAAAUGGACAUUCGCAAAAACAAUACCGUUAUGUGGCCAGUGGAAGACUAGGGCGAAAGAGCUAUAAAGAGCAAUAUGCUUUUUUCUACAGGCCAGAAAUUGUGUCUGUGAAACAAACCUAUCAGUAUCCAGAUCUGCAACCUGGCAACGAAGACGCACUUUCCAGAGAGCCUUUUGUUGUCUGGUUCUCUUCUUCAAACACUGUGGCCCGGGAAUUUGUGAUCAUCCCGCUGCACACAACACCUGAAAUGGCUGUACAGGAAAUUGAUGAGCUUUAUGAUGUUUACCAGGAUAUAAAACAGCACUGGAAGUCUGAGAAUUUCAUCUUCAUGGGAGACUUUAAUGCAGGAUGUGGCUAUGUUGCAAGGAGGCACUGGAAGGACAUCAGGCUAAGAAAUCACAAUGAAUUUAUCUGGCUGAUUGAUGACCAAACUGACACAACUGUGAAGGCAAGCACCCACUGCCCUUAUGACAGGAUUGUGCUCCAUGGAGAUAAGCUCAUAAACGCUGCCGUGCCAAACUCAGCAAAUAUCUUUGAUUUCCAGGGUGUCUUUGCAAUGACUGAAGCACAGGCUUUAGCUGUAAGCGAUCACUUUCCAGUAGAGUUCCAGCUGAAGACCACCAGAUCUUCCCCAAGAAGGAGGGCAAGGAAUUCAAGGCAUCACAGAAAUAAUAGAUAUCGUAAUGCACAACAUGUCCAGUAGACAACCAAUCUACAAAGACCAAAAUCUUAAAAUAUAUAUUCUCAGGAAAAGAGCAAGAUUCAUGUUUUUGUGCAUCUCCCUUCAUCAUGAGAUACGCCUCAAAAAGCAAAAUGAAAUACUUGUGUUGUUCAAAGUAAACUUAAAUAAAAUUAAAUAAACUUUGCUAAAAACGAAAA